AUGUCAAACCAACGUCGUAUCACCCAACAGACUCCCAGUCCCCUAUCUCCUUUCCAGGGCGACCAAAUCUUGACGGAGAGUCAGUGGACCACGUUGGCCUCAAUCGUUGAUACCAUAAUAUCCCCAGGGACACAAGCUAUUGGGGAUAGCACCCAGGAGUCACAAUUUAAAGCCGCCGUUGAUACCAUCAAACACCAUACAGCCGUUGAAGAUGAAGCCUUGUUGUCCGAAUACCUUGCAGAGUCGGCAACUUCGACUCCCGAGUUCAAAGAAUCGAUUCAGAGACUACUGGCGACACAGACUCAUAAAGACGGGAUCAAGGAGCUCUUGGGUGUUCUCGAUGCAUUGACUAACGCCCGCACCUCAUGGCUCUUGACUGGUCAUCUGACACCGUUUGCACAACUAUCUCUACGCCAGCGAGAGAAGGUCGUUCAGUCAUGGGCGACAGCACGGUUGCAAGUGUUCCGCGUGCUCUUCAGGACGUUUAGCGACAUGGGAAAAGCAUACUGGACACGGACUUCGCCCACCCUUGGCCGGAUGCUUGCUUACCCCUACACCCCUAUUAACCAUAGUUACGGUCCAGGCUAUGACUUUCCCUUUGUUGUGUUUCCGCCACUUCCUCAAGGGUCUACACUUAUCCCAGCAACCUUGGAGACCGAUGUGCUUAUCGUCGGUAGUGGUUGCACUGGUGCAGUCGCGGCUUCUGUCCUGGCACGUUCUGGACUUGACGUUGUAGUAGCUGAGAAGGGUUAUCACUGGAAGCCGACGCAUCUGCCUAUGUCAGAGAAAGAUGGAAUGGUACAUCUCUUUGCAAAUGGAGGUGUCACACUCGCGGACAGUGGAAAGAUGGGCAUUCUAGCUGGAUCAUGCUUCGGUGGUGGCGGUACCGUGAACUGGUCUGCAUCACUUCAGCUCCAGCCUUAUGUCCGACAAGAGUUCGCAAAGCAGCACAACUUGCCUUACUUUGAAAGCACAGCGUUCCAACAAGACAUGGACGCUGUCUGCGAAACGAUGGGUGUUGGCACUCAAGGCAUCAAGCACAAUCCUGGAAACCAAAUGCUUCUCGAUGGAGCCCAGAAAUUGGGCAUGAGAGCCAAGCCUGUGCCUCAAAAUACCGGCGGUGAAGUUCAUCAAUGCGGUUAUUGCACACUUGGAUGUGGAAGCUGCGGUAAAAAAGGACCGACAGAAAGUUGGCUUCCUGACGCUGCCCGCCACGGCGCCAAAUUCGUCGAAGGCUUCCAAUGUGAGAAAGUAAUCUUCGCCGAGGACGAAACAAAAGACGGAAAGAAAAUCGCUAUCGGAGCUCGAGGCGUUUGGACAUCUCGAGAUGAAUCCGGCGGCGUUUCUGGAAUGGUGUAUAGGCGUCCUGUAACGAUUUACGCCAGGCGUGCCGUAGUCGUGGCUGCUGGUGCGCUGGGAGGUUCUGCAUUGCUGCUUGAGAGAAGCGGUAUUCAGAACCCCCAUCUUGGCAAGCACCUGAAAUUGCAUCCCGUCAACACUCUAUUCGGCGUCUUUGAUCAAGACAUUAUGCCGUGGGAAGGUGGUAUAUUAACCUCUGUCGUCACCGAAUACGAGAAUAUUAAUUCGACCGGAUUUGGCUGCAAAUUGGAAGGCCUCACCAUGCUCCCGAGUCUGGCACUGCCUUUGAUGCCGUGGACGUCUGCUCUGGAGUGGAAGGUACAUGCUGCCAAGUUCAAGCGCAUGACAGGCUGGAUUUCACUCGCCAGAGACAAGGGCGAAGGCGAAGUCUACGCUGAUCCGGAAGACAAGUAUCGAGUCAGAGUCAAGUACGACACAGCAAAGUCGGAUCAGAAGAACAUUGCAGUCGGCCUAGUCGCACUCGCGAAAAUUGCCUAUAUCGAAGGUGCACGCGAGAUUCACGUUGGUGUUGCGGGCGUACCUCCAUACAUACGCCGGCCAUCUGUCAAAACGUACUCAUCGGCGAUCGAUGCCAGCCAGGCUGGGGUAGUUGAUGGAGCCAAGGCAAUCACGAACGACCCCGAAUUCUUAAAGUGGCUCUCCGGUCUGGAGCUGUUUGCUGCCAACGGCCUUCCUGGAGAUGCUGCCCAGGUGUCAGCGCACCAGAUGGGUACGACUAGGAUGGGCUCUUCACGGGCAACCAGUGUCGUGAACUCGCGGGGCGCUGUGUGGGACACGCAAUCACUUUUUGUUGCAGACACUUCUGUACUACCAGGAGCGAGUGGUGUAAAUCCAAUGAUUACAGGUAUGGCGGUAGCAAGAGGUAUCGCGCGAGGUAUCAUCGAAGACUUGGGUCUGCCUUCUACACAAGAAUCACCAAAGGCGAGACUGUGAACAAAGCAAUGCGACCAAGUGGUUGGGUGUGCGGGUUUGCUCUGCUCGAGCUGCCUCGCAUCCCAAGCGAGUCAUUAAGCUUAAAUUGGGCGAAAUCUGUUACAUAAGAUCUAUAGUCAAUCUAUUUACCGAGUAAUUUUAUACUUUGUGGUAUGCAUAGCUGGAGCAACCAAGGAAACGCCAU